AUGGUUCUGAGGAACACCGGGCGGCGGCGCGCGGAGCCGGGGCCGGACGGCGAGAGCAGCCGGGAUGAUGGCCCCUCUUCCUCUGUCUCGGCACUUAAGCGCCUGGAGCGCAGUCAGUGGACAGAUAAGAUGGAUUUGCGGUUUGGUUUUGAGAGACUCAAGGAGCCUGGUGAGAAGACAGGCUGGCUCAUCAACAUGCACCCUACUGAGAUUUUAGAUGAAGACAAACGCUUAGUCAGUGCAGUGGAUUACUACUUUAUUCAAGAUGAUGGGAGCAGAUUUAAGGUCGCCUUGCCCUACAAGCCAUAUUUCUACAUUGCAACCAGAAAGGGUUGUGAACGAGAAGUUUCAUCUUUUCUCUCCAAGAAGUUUCAGGGUAAAAUUGCUAAAACAGAGACUGUCCCCAAAGAGGAUCUGGACUUGCCAAAUCACUUGGUGGGUUUGAAGCGAAAUUACAUUAAGCUGUCCUUCAACACCGUGGAGGAUCUUGUCAGAGUGAGGAAGGAUGUCUCCCCCGCCGUGAAGAAGAACCGGGAGCAGGGCCAUGCCAGUGAUGCCUACACAGCUAUGCUCUCCAGUGUUCUGCAAGGGGGCAGUGUGGUUAUUGAUGAAGAGGAAGCCUCUAAGAAGGUCACUGACCAGUUGGAUAACAUUGUGGACAUGCGGGAGUAUGAUGUGCCCUACCACAUCCGCCUCUCCAUUGACCUGAAGAUCCAUGUGGCUCACUGGUACAACGUCAGGUACCGAGGAAGCGCCUUUCCUGUGGAAAUCGCCCGACGAGAUGACCUUGUUGAACGACCCGACCCUGUGGUAUUGGCAUUUGACAUCGAGACGACCAAACUGCCCCUCAAGUUUCCCGACCCUGAGACUGACCAGAUUAUGAUGAUUUCUUAUAUGAUUGAUGGUCAGGGCUAUCUCAUCACCAACAGGGAGAUCGUUUCAGAAGAUGUUGAAGAUUUCGAGUUCACCCCCAAACCAGAGUAUGAAGGACCUUUUUGUGUCUUCAAUGAACCCGAUGAGGUUCAUCUAAUCCAGAGAUGGUUUGAACAUGUCCAGGAGACCAAACCCACCAUCAUGGUCACCUACAAUGGUGACUUUUUUGACUGGCCGUUUGUGGAGGCCAGAGCGGCAGUCCAUGGACUGAACAUGUACCAGGAGAUAGGGUUCCAGAAGGACAGCCAGGGGGAGUACAAGGCCUCCCAGUGCAUCCACAUGGACUGUCUCAGGUGGGUGAAGAGGGACAGUUACCUUCCUGUGGGCAGCCACAACCUCAAGGCGGCUGCCAAAGCCAAGCUGGGCUACGACCCUGUGGAGCUGGACCCCGAGGACAUGUGCCGGAUGGCCACUGAGCAGCCCCAGACUCUGGCCACGUACUCGGUGUCAGACGCAGUGGCCACGUACUACCUGUACAUGAAAUAUGUCCACCCCUUUAUAUUCGCCCUCUGCACCAUUAUCCCCAUGGAGCCUGAUGAGGUGCUGCGGAAGGGCUCUGGGACGCUGUGUGAGGCCUUGUUGAUGGUGCAGGCCUUCCAUGCCAACAUCAUCUUCCCCAACAAGCAGGAGCAGGAGUUUAACAAGCUGACAGAUGACGGUCACGUGCUGGACGCCGAGACCUAUGUGGGUGGCCACGUGGAGGCCCUUGAGUCAGGCGUGUUUCGCAGUGACAUCCCCUGCAGGUUCAGGAUGAAUCCUGCUGCCUUUGACUUCCUGCUGCAGCGGGUGGAGAAGACCAUGCGUCAUGCCAUCGAGGAAGAGGAGAAGGUGCCCAUGGAGCAGGUCACCAAUUUCCAAGAGGUGUGUGACCAGAUUAAGACCAAGCUCACCUCCCUGAAAGAUGUUCCAAACAGAAUAGAGUGUCCCCUUAUCUACCACCUGGACGUGGGGGCCAUGUACCCCAACAUCAUCCUGACGAACCGCCUGCAGCCCUCUGCCGUGGUGGACGAGGCCACGUGUGCUGCCUGUGACUUCAACAAGCCGGGAGCAGACUGCCAGAGGAAGAUGGCCUGGCAGUGGAGGGGCGAGUUCAUGCCAGCCAGCCGCAGCGAGUACCAUCGGAUCCAGCACCAGCUAGAGUCGGAGAAGUUCCCUCCCUUGACUGCAGAGGGCCCAGUCCGGGCCUUUCACGAGCUGUCCCGCGAGGAGCAGGCUAAAUAUGAGAAGCGGAGGCUGUCAGAUUACUGCCGGAAGGCGUACAAGAAGAUCCACGUGACGAGGGUGGAGGAGCGCCUCACCACCGUCUGCCAGCGGGAGAACUCCUUCUAUGUGGACACGGUGCGCGCCUUCCGAGACAGGCGGUAUGAGUUCAAAGGUCUCCACAAGGUGUGGAAAAAGAAGCUCUCCGCGGCCGUGGAGCUGGGCGACGCAGCGGAAGUGAAGCGCUGCAAGAACAUGGAGGUGCUGUACGACUCCCUGCAGCUGGCGCACAAGUGCAUCCUCAACUCCUUCUACGGCUAUGUCAUGCGCAGGGGGGCUCGCUGGUACUCCAUGGAGAUGGCAGGCAUCGUCUGCUUCACGGGGGCCAACAUCAUCACCCAGGCACGGGAGCUGAUCGAGCAGAUUGGGAGGCCCUUGGAGCUGGACACAGAUGGAAUAUGGUGCGUCCUGCCCAACAGCUUCCCUGAAAACUUUGUCAUCAAAACGACCAGUGUAAAAAAGCCCAAGGUGACCAUUUCCUACCCUGGGGCCAUGUUAAACAUCAUGGUCAAGGAAGGCUUCACCAAUGAUCAGUACCAGGAGCUGACCGAGCCAUCCUCACUCACCUAUGUCACCCGCUCGGAGAACAGCAUCUUUUUCGAGGUUGAUGGACCCUACCUUGCCAUGAUCCUUCCAGCCUCCAAGGAAGAAGGCAAGAAACUGAAAAAGAGAUACGCUGUCUUCAAUGAGGACGGUUCCCUGGCUGAGCUAAAGGGCUUCGAGAUCAAACGCCGAGGGGAGCUGCAACUGAUUAAGAUCUUCCAGUCCUCGGUGUUCGAGGCCUUCCUCAAGGGCAGCACGCUCGAAGAAGUGUAUGGCUCUGUUGCCAAGGUGGCUGAUUACUGGCUGGAUGUGCUGUAUAGUAAGGCAGCUAACAUGCCCGAUUCUGAGCUGUUUGAGCUGAUCUCUGAGAACCGCUCCAUGUCUCGGAAGCUGGAAGAUUAUGGGGAGCAGAAGUCCACGUCUAUCAGCACCGCCAAGCGCCUGGCUGAGUUCCUGGGAGAUCAGAUGGUGAAGGACGCGGGACUGAGCUGCCGCUACAUCAUCUCCCGGAAGCCUGAGGGGUCUCCUGUUACGGAGAGGGCUAUCCCGCUUGCCAUUUUCCAGGCAGAGCCCAUGGUGAGGAAGCACUUUCUCCGGAAAUGGCUUAAGAGUUCUUCCCUCCAAGACUUUGAUAUUCGGACGAUUCUGGAUUGGGACUACUACAUCGAGCGUCUGGGGAGUGCCAUACAGAAGAUCAUCACAAUCCCCGCAGCUCUGCAGCAGGUGAAGAACCCAGUGCCACGCGUCAAGCACCCUGACUGGCUGCACAAGAAACUUCUGGAGAAGAAUGAUGUCUGCAAGCAGAAGAAGAUCAGUGAGCUGUUUGUCCUUGAGGGCAGGAGACAGGUGGGCACAGCCCAGGCUCCAGAAGGCACGCAGAGCCUUGGUGCUCCUGACAUGGAGGAUUUUGGCCUAGUGAAGCCACCGCACAUGGCAGUUCCUGUUGCAACUAAGAGGAAGCGUGUCCUCUGGGAGAGCCAGGAGGAGUUGCAGGACCUGGAGCUGACGGUGCCCUGGCAGGAAAUCCUGGGGCAGCCCCCGGCCCUCGGAACCACCCAGGAAGAGUGGCUGGUCUGGCUCCGGUUCCAUAAGAAGAAGUGGCAGCUGCAGGCCCGGCAGCGCCUGGCCCACAAGAAGAGGCGGCGUCUGGAGGUGGCAGAAGGCAACCCUCUGCCUGGGGCCAUCCGAGAUAGGCCCGCCACCGGGUUGGGGAGCUUCUUGCGAAGGACCGCCCGCAGCAUCUUGGACCUUCCGUGGCAGAUUGUACAGAUCAGUGAAACCAGCCAGGCGGGUCUGUUCAGGCUGUGGGCUGUCAUCAGCAGUGACUUGUACUGCAUCCGGCUGAACAUCCCCCGUGUGUUCUAUGUCAACCAGCGGGUGGCUAAAGCCGAGGAGGGGCCUUCAUAUCGCAAGGUCAGCCGCAUCCUUCCGCGCUCCAACAUAGUCUACAAUCUCUAUGAGUACUCGGUGCCCGAGGACAUGUACCAGGAGCACAUCAACGAGAUCAACACUGAGUUGUCGGCCCCAGACAUUGAGGGCGUGUAUGAGACUCAGGUCCCGUUAUUGUUCCGGGCCCUGGUGCAGCUGGGCUGUGUGUGUGUGGUCAAUAAACAGCCGGUGAAGCACCUUUCAGGCUGGGAGGCAGAAACCUUUGCUCUCGAGCACCUGGAGAUGCGCUCUCUGGCCCAGUUCAGCUACCUGGAACCAGGGAGCAUCCGCCACCUCUACCUGUAUCAUCACGCGCAGGGACACAAAGCACUGUUCGGCUUGUUCGUGCCCUCCCAGCGCAGAGCGUCUGUGUUUGUGCUGGACACCGUGCGAAGCAACCAAAUGCCCAGUCUCAGUGCUCUCUACUCAGCCGAGCAUAGCCUCCUGAUGGAGAAAGUGGGUCCCGAGCUCCUGCCUCCGCCCAAACACACUUUCGAAGUUCGGGCCGAAACGGACAUGAAGACCAUCUGUAGGGCCAUCCAGCGCUUCUUGCUGGCCUACAAAGAGGAGCGCCGUGGGCCCACACUCAUUGCUGUUCAGUCCAACUGGGAGCUGAAGAGGCUGGCUGGCGAGGUCCCUGUCUUGGAGGAGUUCCCGCUGGUGCCUGUCCGCGUGGCCGAUAAGAUCAGCUAUGGCGUCCUGGACUGGCAGCGCCUUGGAGCCCGGCGCAUGAUCCGCCACUAUCUCAACCUGGACACCUGUCUGUCACAGGCCUUCGAGAUGAGCAGGUACUUCCACAUCCCCAUUGGUAAUCUGCCUGAGGACAUCUCCACCUUUGGCUCCGACCUCUUCUUUGCCCGCCACCUCCAGCGCCACAGCCACCUGCUGUGGUUGUCCCCUACCUCACGCCCUGACCUGGGCGGCAAGGAGGCUGAUGACAAUCGCCUCAUCAUGGAGUUUGAUGACCAGGCCAGUGUGGAGAUCAACUAUCCAGGCUGCUACUCCACGGUGUGCGUGGAGCUGGACAUCCAGAACCUGGCUGUCAACACCAUCCUGCAGUCCCACCAUAUCAAUGACAUGGAAGGGGCCGACAGUGUGGGCAUCAGCUUCGAUGUGAUCCAGCAGGCCUCCCUGGAGGACAUGAUCACUGGCAAUCAGGCCGCCAGCACCCUGGCCAGCUAUGACGAGACAGCGCUCUGCUCCAGCACCUUCAGGAUCCUGAAGAGCAUGGUGGUGGGUUGGGUGAAAGAGAUCACACAGUACCGAAACAUCUAUGCUGACAACCAGGUGAUGCACUUCUACCGCUGGCUGCGGUCCCCAUCCUCACUGCUCCAUGACCCUGCUCUGCACCGCACACUCCACAACAUGAUGAAGAAGCUCUUUCUGCAGCUCAUCGCCGAGUUCAAGCGCUUGGGGUCAUCUGUCAUCUAUGCCAACUUCAACCGCAUCAUCCUCUGCACGAAAAAGCGGCGGAUUGAAGAUGCCAUUGCCUACAUGGAGUACAUCACCAGCAGCAUCCAUUCUAAAGAGAUCUUCCAUUCCUUGACAAUUUCUUUCUCUCGGUGCUGGGAAUUUCUUCUCUGGAUGGAUCCCUCCAACUAUGGUGGAAUCAAAGGAAAUGUUCCAUCUCGUAUUCACCGUGGACAGGUAGGGCAUAACCACACAGCUGGGGUGGUGUCUGUGUUGCAGCGAGACUCCCCAGAGGAGGGCCGGGAGGAGCGGGAGCAGGAGGGCGCAGGAGCCCUGGAACCUGACGUGGAGGACAUGCUGGAGAACAGCUGGAACAUCGUGCAGUUCCUGCCACAGGCAGCCUCGUGCCAGAGCUACUUCCUCAUGAUCGUGUCAGCAUAUGUCGUGGCCGUGUACCACAGCAUGAAGGAGGAGCUGCGGCGCAGCGCCCCGGGGGCCACGCCGCUGAGACGCCGGGGGCCCAGCCAGCUGUCGCAGGACGCCCUGGCAGCCGGCGCCCUUCCUGGAAUGAUCACCUUCUCGCAAGACUACGUGGCCAACGAGCUCACGCAGAGCUUCUUCACCAUCACUCAGAAGAUUCAGAAGAAGGUCACGGGCUCACGGAACUCGGCCGAGCUGUCCAGCAUGUUUCCGGUGCUCCCGGGUUCCCACCUGCUGCUCAACAACCCUGCACUGGAGUUCAUCAAGUAUGUGUGCAAGGUUCUGUCUCUGGACACGAACAUCACAAACCAGGUGAACAAGUUGAACCGGGAUCUGCUGCGCCUGGUGGACGUGGGCGAGUUCUCGGAGGAGGCCCAGUUCCGAGACCCCUGUCGUUCCUACGUGCUCCCUGAGGUCAUCUGCCGCAGCUGUAACUUCUGCCGGGACCUGGACCUGUGCAAAGAGUCCUUCUCUCAGGACGGGGCUGCGCUGCCUCAGUGGCUCUGCUCCAACUGUCAGGUGGCCUAUGACACCUCAGUCAUCGAGAUGGCUCUGGUGGAAGCUCUGCAGAAGAAACUGAUGGCCUUCACUCUGCAGGACCUGAUCUGCCUGAAGUGCCGGGGUGUGAAGGAGACCAACAUGCCCGUGUACUGCAGCUGUGCGGGGGGCUUUGCCCUCACCAUCCACACCAAGGUCUUCAUGGAGCAGAUUGGAAUCUUCCAGAACAUUGCCCAGCACUAUGGCAUGUCAUACCUCAUGGAGACCCUGGAGUGGCUGCUGCAGAAGAACCCUCAGCUGGGCCAUUAG